AUGCUAAUAGAUAUUCGUGACCACGAUGAACAUAAGGCCACCAUUAUCAAUGGUGAAUAUGGCUCCGGUGGCCAUAGAGUGCGUAGACGAACUUGUCUUCCAGCUCAGUCUUCCUCAGCUUCCUUAAAAGUAAUGAAUCCAUAUAACCCAACUAGCCGGGAGAAGAUCAGUUUGGAUGAUCGUGAAUCCAGUAGUCUGCUGACGUGUGCUGGUGGCUUAUCGUCUGGCCAGGAAGAAGAAGAUUGCCCCAGUUUGCCAGUCUGCUUUGGAGGAGGUUGGACUUGCUGGUCCGGCUGGACGACUUGCUACGUUACCCCAGAUGCUCCACAACAGGGUUCUACACUUGACGAGGGUGCUGGAGACCGUAUUAGCGGCUACGAUAGAGGUGACCAUACUGAAGCCAAAUUGGGAUGCGUCUGGCAGACCGGCGGAAGCCAGACACGCCAGCGAGUCUGUUUGAUAAACCACGAUGAGACCAAGGCUGAAGUUGAAGAGGUUCUAAUGGACAGACACUGUCCUGGUGCAUGGAAGGAGACACGGUCUUGUCUUUGGCUGAUAAGAGGAGCAGAGAAGUCUUGUAAGCUAGGUGAGAAGGAACUUUUUUUGCAAAAAGUAUGCAAUUUAAAAGAGAAUUGCAAAAAUAUAGAGAUUCUAUAG